AUGCGCGUCCUCUCCUCCUUGGAUCCACCUUCGGGUACAUGCACUCUCCCCGCAGCUUUGGCCCCCGCGACCCAGCUGACCUGCAUGUCCCUGGUCAACGAGCAGUUGAAGAUUGACAGCACCGAGUCUAUGCGCUACUUCACCGGAAACGACGCCAAUCCAUCCCCGGCGCUGCAAAAGAACGUCCGCGACGGCCUGAGGGCAUUCUUGCGACGGCCUCUCGGGGAUAAGGCGUACAAGGCGCGCAGGCUGGAUGCCGUUGUCGCAAUGUGUGCAGGCGCCCAACGGAGCGCCGAGAUGCUCGAGGCCGAUGUCAUCACCUGGCGCGGCAUUCUCACGAAGAUAAUGAUCCGCGCGGACCUUUGCCUCGCUGUCUCUUACUAUGAGGGGACUCUGUACCUCGAGGAGGACAGCACCAAAACCCGGUUCGACGAUAACCUCGCGUGGAACUACACAGGGCGUAAGUUUGAAACUCUGUCUUCGAGGCCUUCCACUGCGGCUACAACGGCCGACGAUGUGGAUAUGCACACCCUCUGGGCGGUCGGUAUAAAACGUCGACUAGGCACGCUCGAUAUCGUACUCGUCGGCGAAGUUGACUGUGUCGACGCCCAAUACUCCCCCGCCGAACCGAGUCCAUCGCACUACGUCGAGCUCAAAACGCGCAAAUUCGAGUCCCCACAGCUGAGAAACCUCGCGAAAUGGGACAUCCAAUCGGGCCUCAUCGACUGCCCGCGCAUCUUCGUCGGGUUCCCAGACCGCGCCGGCGUCGUGCGCGAGACGCGGAACCUCCCCGUGUUCCCGAUUCCGCAGGACAAGCUCGACUGGUGCGCGCGGGUGCUCCACGCGCUGAUCGACCUGUGCGCCACCGAGCAUGGGGAUCGGACGGGCGGGAUCAACGUGUGGCAGGUGCGGAUGAAGGACGGGGAGGUGCACGCGAAUUUGAUGAGCGAUCGGCAGGUCGCGCGGAUGAAUGCCGGUGGACCACGCAAGAAUGGCAUUCUCCCAAUGACCUUCUUGGCUGCACUGGCGAAAAGGAAGGGGAUGGCUUGA